GGGGAACGUUUUGAGUGUUACACACACACAUGUCCCACUCCCCACGUGAAUAGGAACAUGGCUGCUGAAGAAGACGUGUUGGGUCUACUGGGGGAAUGUAUAAACAAACUAAACGAUGACACAGCACACCCAGAUAAGUUUCUAAGUAUUCAAGAUGGUGUGGCAGCAGACUUCACGUCGCUGGCCAAGAUCCUGUAUGAUCUCAACAAGACGAACGAAACUGCCGACUGUAAAGGCAGCCCGCUUGUCGAGCUGGUGGUUGACAGCUUCGACGAGGAGCAGAUCUGGCAGGAGCUGGAGCUCCAGAACACCAUUGUGUUGUCGCACUUUGAGAUAAAAAUUCACAAAGCUGCUGAAGAUGACAUGUUUACUCUUAUCGAAGAGAUAGAGGAGGCUGCAGGAGAUCGAAAGGAAGAUGCAGCAGCAGAGGAGCUGGAGGAGGAUGAAGGUGCGGUGGAGGAAGCAGAAGAGAUAGCUGCGAAGAGGCCACGACGGAAAACUGUGAAGCACCAAGACUCAGACUCGGAGGAGGACUCAGACUUGGAUUUCAACACGGAUGAAUUUGAGAAGCGGGAGCAGAAUAAGAAACUGGCACUGGUAGCAAGGAAAAGAUUUCCUCAACAGUUGUCCGAGGUAGACGACAGGUUCUUCAAGUUGUCGGAGAUGGAGUCCUUCCUUGAUGACAUGGACAAAAAAGAGGGCAAGGAGAUAGAGGAUGGCAUAGACUAUUUCCAAGACUUUGCUUCUGACAACGAAGGAGAAACUUUCAACUUUGAGGAACCAAUCUCUGCAAAGAAACAAACCAAAAAAAGUUCUCUAAAGAGCUCCAGGAACCUCAAGUAUAAAGACUUCUUUGAUCCUGUGGAUGGAGAGGCACCUGCCACAGGAGGUCACCACGUCGACAGCAUGGAUGAGCUGCAGGAGGACAGUAACGAUUACAAUCAAGAAGAGGAGUCAGAUGAGGAAGAGAAUGACUCUGAGGAUCCAGAGGCGAGCCAGUCCCCACAGGGUCACAAAAAAGUGACCUUUAACCUUUCUGAGGAAGAGCAGAGCGAGGGAGAAGACAUCGUCGACAUCAUUGGUGGGAAGUCAAGCUUGGAAAAAGAGGAACCAAAGUCUUCGUUUGAGAAACGUCAGCAAAAGAUGACUGAGAAGAUCCGGGAGUUGGAGAAGGUGGCAUUGUCAGAGAAACCUUGGCAGCUGGCAGGCGAGGCCACGGCUCAGACCCGCCCUGAGAACAGCAUCCUGACAGAAAAUGUAGACUUCGACCAAACUUCCAGGAGGGCUCCUGCUAUCACAGAGGAGACCACACUGAAGCUGGAGGAUAUCAUCAAACAGAGGAUAAAAGAUCAGGUGUUUGACGAUGUUGUGAGGAAGGAGAAGCCGAAGGAGGAGGCGUUCCGGUAUAAGAAGAGGUUGACUCUUGACCAUGAGAAGAGCAAGCUGAGCCUGGCGCAGAUCUAUGAACAAGAGUUCAUCAAGCAGACACAGAAAAGUACCGUGGUGGAGGAGAACCCAGCCAAUGUUGAAAUUAAAAAGAUGAUGGACACGCUCUUCCUGAAACUUGACGCCCUCUCCAACUUCCACUUCACUCCUAAACCUGCUGUUCCAGAGAUCAAGGUGGUGUCCAACCUCCCCUCCAUCGCCAUGGAGGAGGUAGCUCCCGUUGGUGUUAGCGACGCUACACUCCUUGCCCCAGAGGAAGUCAAAGAGAAGAACAAAGCAGGAGAUGUGCUGGGAGACUUGGAGAAGACGACGACUGACAAGAAACGGCAGAGACGUAAGAUGAAGAAGGUGAAGCAUGUGAGGAUCAAGGAGAAGGAGAGACGACAGAAACUGAAAGACGACAGCGGUAUUGAGGGGAACAAGAAGAUGUCCAAGACCCAGGUGGCCGACAAGCUUAAGAAGAUCACCAUGGGUGGGAAAGCAACCAUACUCAAGGAUGAGGGGAAGGACAAGGCGUUGCGAUCCUCCCAGGCUUUCUUCUCGCAGUUGCAGGACCAGGUAAAGAGUCAGAUCAAAGACUCCAAAGGACAGGCAGCCAAGAAGAAGAAGCAGAAACUGUCUGCCAGCAAACUGAAGUUGUGAACAGAGCAGAUGGAUAGCAUAUCUCUGUAUAGAUUUUUUUAACGGAAAUCUUUUACCUUGUCAGUGCUUGUUUAUGGGUUCUUAAGAAUAAUUAAAUGCUUUGUUUUAUUCUUCGGUUUAAAGUUCUUUAUUAAAUUGACAAGAUAUUGGAUAUUCAGAUACUCACGCUCUGCAUUCCAGCGAUGACGCAAUCGUAUGUCCGUUCCUUCUAGCGGGCGCGGGGGGGGACAGUCAGGCAGUAGCACUCCACUCUAUAAUAAAGCCAUUGUUUGGUCAAUGUUUCUACAUAAUUAAAGUUCCCACAAUUAAAUUACCCUUACCGUAACAAUUGCCUUACAACAAUGCAAUUAAACGGGCGACAUCUGCGUUUCAAAAUAUUCCCAAUGGGUUAGAUCGCCCUUUCGAAUUGUUGUACAACAGUAAUGGCGUGUUUGAGGUGCCUCGUACACCACCCACACGAGUUGCAAAGUGGAAAGUCUCCCAGCUUUCUUGCGUCAGACUCAUUUCACUGAGGCACACUUUGGUCAGUCCCACUAGGGAUUCUGAGAGUCAUUGAGGUGGACCAUAUGACUCGAUAAGCAAAAAUGGCUCCGUAAAGAGAUGUAUUUUCUUUGUAUUUGUACCACGUUGGUAAUUUUAAUGUAUAUUUUAAAAGCUUUUACACACCUGAUUACAUUGCUGUUUUAAUCCGGUCAACAAUUUAUUAGGGCUGGGCAAUUAAUCAAAUUUUGUUCGCGAUUUUAGCGUCAAACGAUCACAAAACUAAUAUAAUCGAGCUUUCGAUUAUUAUUUUCUUUUAUAGAAAGUGAUUUUUAACAUUUUCUUUUUGACCAUUUUGUGUAUCCCUUUAUGGACCCUCCUUGAGUCCACCGCAAGGUCCUGACGUUUGCCUCCCAAAAUCACCUGCGUG